GCGUACAUUUAAUUUUAUCGAUGUACUGACUUUCAUAUGAUGUCCUCAUAUGUUCGCAUGAAAUGAAAACAAAGAUAAUGGCAGUGUGGCUAGUAUUUAUUAAGCAGUGGCUACACUAAUAUUGUUUUAUGAACAUUGUAUCAAAAUCAUGGCUCUUUUAAAGUCAAUGGUGGUUUUGGCGGCAGGGUUAACCUUCGCAGCAGGAAGUGCCGAGUUCUCAGAAUUCAUGACUAAAUAUGGCAAAGUCUAUCGAGAUGCUACAGAACACUAUAAAAGAAUGUCAAUAUGGCGCUCGAACCUUGCUAUGAUUGAGCGUCACAAUGUCCAGGCCGCGAAGGGACAUCACUCUUACACGAUGGCCAUGAACCAGUUUGGAGAUAUGACUGCAGAGGAAGUUCGUUCAACUAUGUUUGGUUACCGACAACAAUCAAACCAACUGAGUACGAGUAAUUUCCACAGCAACCUUACGGCACUUCCUGCGUCGGUAGAUUGGAAGGCGAAGGGAUAUGUGACAGCAGUAGGGAAUCAGGGCCAGUGCGGGAGCUGCUGGGCGUUUACCGCUACGGCGGCCCUUGAAGGUCUAAACAAGAAGGUCACAGGGAAACUCGUGGCACUCUCUGUACAAAAUCUCAUGGACUGUUCUUCUAAACAAGGCAACCAGGGAUGUAGUGGUGGACUGAUGGACCAAGCAUUCACUUACGUCAAGGUCAACGGAGGGAUAGACACGGACGCGUCAUACCCGUACAACCAAUCCCAGCCUGGAUCUUACAAGUGCCGCUACAACAAGGCCCAAAUUGGCGCCAAGUGCAAGGGGUACGUGGAUCUGCCGAGGGAUAAUGAGACAGCCCUGCAGUAUGCCGUGGCCGAAAUAGGGAUCAUAUCCACGGCCAUUGACGCAUCACACACCGGUUUCAUGUACUACAAGAGCGGCGUCUAUGACGAGCCCGCCUGCAACCCGGACCAAAUAGAUCACAGCCUGGCCGUUGUUGGAUACGGAGUCGAGAACGGCGUUGAGUUCUACAACUGCAAAAACAGCUGGGGAACAGAGUGGGGAGAGGCAGGCUUCGUGAAAGUAGUGCGCAACAAGAACAACCAAUGUGGAAUAGCCACCGAGGCAAGCUACCCUACUAUGUAAAGGGAGCGGUGUAACAUAACAGACAAUGAUUCUAGUAAAUCUGAGUGGGUAGGAUCUUGACAACCAGACCAGACCAGCAUUUCUUCGUUCCACAAAUAUCAUCCAUGUUGACACCGUAUGCUGUCGUGUUACAUUUUUUGAAGCUGGUGGCUCAACAUGUGUUAUCAUAAAAAUAAACGUACAAAAACAUUUAUAAUGUUUAUCUAUAUGAAGAUAAAGAAAAAGUACAAAAUACGA